GAGCCGGGUGGGGGGUGGGGUGUUGUUGCAGUUGGGUAGCGUUGGGUUCGCCCGUUGGGAAAGCGCCAGCAGGAACAGGGAAAGGAGUCGCGCGGGACCCGCCUCCACGCCUCAGGUAGUCCUCCUACGGCUGGCUUUGGAAAGUUUUGGGACUGAGGCGAGACUCGCGGCGGCUGGGAACGAAGGAGGCGGAGGGGAGUUCUUGCGGCGGCUCCAUUGUGAGCCUCUAGGGCUGCCUGGCUGGCUCUCGCUACUCCCCCGCCUCCUCUUCCCCCUUCCCAGCCGGGUAGUAGCGAGAGAGGGGAGUUUUGUUCGCUCUUUUCACAAGGAAGAAGACCCAAGUUUGGGCCGGAAUUGUUCGCAUUCCUGCCUGGCAGCGGAAAGUGGAGCCGAGCUACCGGAUGGCUUUGUGGAUAUGUGUGGACCAGCUGUGGAUUUAGUAUCCCGUUUUUCCAGGAACGGUCCUGCAGCGCUCUUUCUCUCAGUGUUGUUCUCUUUCUUCACAACUCAUUUCAAUGCUGUACGGAAGAAUAAGCUGGCCAGCUUCUAGACUCAUUCUUUUUGUAAUAGGCUUGUAAUCAAACAUUGGGGGGGGGGGGGCAACUGCUGUGGAUGUUCAUUCUCUCCCCUUCCCCCAUAACGGAGUGAAGGCACUUUCUUUUGACAAUGAUGAAAACUGAAGGUAAAGGAGAGAGAACUUUGAGAAGUGCUUCUCCACACAGAAAUGCCUAUAAAGCUGAUUUUCAUGCUAUUAAGUGCAGUUUUGAUUCAGUGAACACUGAUAAUGCGUCAAACAAAUCUGGUCCUCAACAAAAGCUGACCACCUCAUCCAAUGGAGGAGGUAAUGACCCACAUGUUCGCGGCAGAGCUGUCACCUAUGGUAACCGAGUACACAAGAUCAAAAACAUGUUCAUGCAGAUGGGUGGUUCUCCCACUCAACCUUGUGAGAGCAGCCCGCCUUCUGAGCCCAAAAUCAUCACCAAAACAGCUUUGGCUGACUCUGCACCUCCUUCUCCAAGUAGCCCAUCUUUCCUCUGUGUUCAGAAAAAUAACCUUUUCAAUUCUGGCUCCAUCCCCUGCACCAGUCCUCAGGAUGCUUUACCUGCCACUGCUUUUACUGAUAAAAUAAUCCGCAGCAAUGAUGAGGGAAAUCUAGACAAAGCUGCCCUAGCAGAGAAGUUUUCUGAGACCAGGAAACUUUUUGAAAGCAACAUAAAAAAGCGAGGCCCAUUAGACAGAUGUGCUCUCAGCAAAAAUGAAAGGACUGAAGACAGAGAAAGACAUGGCUCUGCUUCUUCUGACUGUAGUAAUGUGGUAGAUCACUUUAAUUUCAAUACUGAUGUGAACUCUCAAAGCACCAUAGACAAAACAGAGAAUCAGGGUAUCAGUGAGCACAAGCUGCAGCAAUCCAGUGGUAACUGUAGAUCCUCCUUUCUGAAUGCUGGACCUAUUUCUAGGAGAUUGGAGAGUUUCCUGGCAGACAGUGACAGUGAGGAGUCUAAAGACAAUUUGAAAAAUGAGGGUACACCAAACCCUGUCCAGACAGUGUUCUGCAAUUGGGAAUCACCAGUUGUUAGUGAAGACCAUUGCUUGAAGCAGAAUCAGCCUCUUGCUGCAUCUGCUUUCUUAAGUAACAGCAAUGUUAAUGAAAGGGAUGUGCUGAUUAGGACCACUGAGGAAUCAUCUAAGAAAGAGCAGGCAACUUCUGAAAGGGAUCAGCAGACUCCAACAAGCACUUCCACUAAAGUGGAUCGAGCCCCCAUAAAAAUCUCGCAGGUAGAACUAGUUAGAGCUGAACUGAUUGUAGUGCAGAAUAAAGCUUUAGAGGAUGAUCAUGAAAUAGUGGGGGAAGUUAAUGUCUUCCAGAAGGAAAAACCACUCCGGUUCCCAAGUUGGGAAGGGGAAGGAAGUGGUCUCAUAUUUGAGGAAAUUGAAGAAAAUGUCUGCAGAGAGGCCAGUCCGAAAGGAGUACAAGAGCUGAUAUCUCUGGAGGAGGUUCAGAGAGGAGAGCAGGGCCAUGUGGAACAAGUAGGUGACAGCGAAGAUGAGGAGGAAGGACAAGAAGUAGAACACAGAGAGAACUUUAGUGGAUUUUCUUCCAGUGCUUUUGGGAUAGAAAACGCAGCUUUUGAUGAUGAUAGAGAAGCGGAGGAAUAUACUCGGGGCCCUGGAGGAGGAGAAACGUUGACAGAGGAUGAAUACAACUGUGAUAGCGAUUAUGAGGAAUUUCCUGGACUUUCUGAGGAAGAAGAUCCUGUUCCAAAUAGGAGAGUCAAGUUCUCCACAUCGCCAAUCAAGGUCUUCAGUACCUAUUCAAAUGAAGACUAUGAUAGGCGUAAUGAAGAAGUUGACCCUGUGGCAGCAUCAGCAGAAUACGAACUUGAGAAACGGGUGGAGAAAAUGGAAGUUUUUCCUGUUGAAAUUGAAAAAGGUGACAGUGGCUUAGGUAUCAGUAUUAUUGGAAUGGGCGUUGGUGCGGAUCAGGGACUGGAAAAGCUGGGAAUUUUUGUAAAAACAAUAACUGAACGUGGAGCUGCUCAGAAAGAUGGUCGGAUCCAAGUAAAUGAUCAGAUCGUGGAGGUUGACGGUAUAAGUCUUGUAGGAGUAACUCAGUUUUUUGCAGCAACUGUACUAAAAAAUACAAAAGGCACAGUAAGGUUUCUGAUUGGGAGAGAGAAACCAGGAACUCAGAGUGAAGUAGCUCGCCUUAUUAGUGAGACAUUGGAACAGGAGAGAUGUUUGUAUGAGCAACCGUAUGCCCCUGAUGAUACAGAACAGGAUGAUGAUUAUGACGAUGAUGAAGACUCUUAUGAAUCGCACCUACGUGGAAAAUCUGUAGAAGUAUUUUACCUUUCUGAUAAUGAAGAUAUUAAUUUGCCAGUAGACAUGGAUUCUACACAGUUUCUGUUGAAGUUUAAAGAGUUACAACUAAAACAUGCAGUUACAGCAGCUGAAGUUAACCAACUUAAGGAAAAGUUAAAAGCAACAGAAGCUGAAAAGAUUGAAUGGGAGUUAAGUAAAUCCCAGCUCCAGGAAACGUUAGAUGAAAACAAAGAAAAAAUAAAGAAGUUGGAGACUUAUUGGUUAGAAGCCCAAAGUUUAUGUAAAACAGUAAAUGAGCAUCUUAAAGAAACUCAGGAACAAUAUGAUGUCCUGGAGAAAAAAUACAACAAGGCCAAGAAGUUACUCAAAGAGUAUCAACAGAAAGAAGUAGAACUCACAAAAAAAGAAGAGGAUCAUACAAAAAUUCUGGAAGAGAGAGACCAGGAGCAUGCAAAUCAGCUAAAAAUAUUGCAGGAUAAGAUUACAGAGCUUGAAGAUAAAUUAAAAAUAUAUCAGGGACUCCCUUAUAUGUUUGGAAGCAGCAUUUUAUUAGAGACUGCUACUCCAAGUCCUGACCAGGUCCUGACAGAACGUUUUGAAGUAAAAGAUGAUGUUCAGAAUAUCAACUCUUCAAUAGAGAAAUUAGAUUUUUCUGAUUUUGAUGCUUUUGUUGGGGAUACACCAAGGUUAGACACCAGUGUGCACAAAGCAAAAGCUCAGCUUGCCUUGAAAGUAAAACGUCAACCACCUUCUCGAUCAAAGCUAAAGGAAUCUCUUGGGACUGGACAGAAAGAUGUAAAUUCACAGGAGGAGGAGGAGGAGGAGGAAGAUACAAAGGAAAACAUCCAGAACAAGUCUUCAGAAGUGACAGAAAAACCAACUUCUUCAGAGCAGAAUGAUGCAGAACAAAGAGUUGAUAAGCAUAUGUGUGCUGAAAGCACUGAUAAUUUAUUAGAAUCAAGUCCAUCAGUUUCUUUGCACUCUUCUCCAGUAUAUAAAUCCAACAGAGAAAAUAGUCCUGUAACAACUCAGUGUGCGCCUAAUGAUGAUGAAGCCCCAAGUUCUCCUUCAGGAUACUGCAGAAAUGUUAAGCACCGGGAAUCAAAAGGCAAAGGAAGAGAGAACAAAGAUGACAAAAGAAAUGAAGAAAAGACUGAAUCGAAUGAAGGUGCUUCUGUAGCGAAGUCUAAAAGGCGUUUUCCAGAUUUUGGAGGCCUAAGAAAAUCUGGCGGUAAAGGCAAGAAGCAGGAAAAAGAAAAUACAAGGGGUUCUCUGGAUAGCCGGGGUUCUCGAGAAUUACUACAAGACUCUGUCAACAACUUAUCUGCAUCAGAUUCAGAUUCUCCUAUUCCCACUUGUAUGCCUUUCUCUUGGUUUGGAGACAGCCAUAAGGAGCAUAGUUCUAGUAGUACUCUGAGCUUUUCUCAAGGUGGGCAUGAGGUUGCCUUUGAACGGAGCCAAGAGAAGAGCAGAAGCAAGAGUAGAAUUGUCAUAGAUGAUUCAUACCAUAGCAAGCCAAGUUGUGAUCUGUCAGGGUUAGUGACAGAACCAAAUCUUUCAGGGCGUUCACACACUUUAACCUUCUCUUCAGAUGAGACUUUAGAUGAUGAACCAUCAACUGCAGGGAAACAAAAUCAAUGGCACAGUAGGCCCAUUUCUGAGUGGACAACGCAACAGGUAUGCCAUUGGCUAAUGGGCAUGAACAUGGAGCAAUACACCACAGAAUUCACAACCAAGAAUAUAGAUGGGCAACAGUUAAUGCUGCUUGACAGUGAUAAAUUGAAGGCUCUGGGAGUAUCCAGUCAGAAUGACCGAUCAACAAUAAAAAAGAAAAUUAAAGAUAUUAAAAAGGCACAAGAAAAACUGGAGAAACAAAAAGAAAGGUUUCAAAAGAAAGAGAAGGAAGUUCGGAGAAGUGGCAGAAUGGUUGCCACUGUAGAAUCAAGCUGCUAACAUGAUUUGAUGCCAUAUGCAACUACUUACACUGGUGUAGUCUCAAGGCCUAAAAUGGAACUGACCCAGUGGAAUGCUUCAUUUUUUUAUUUUAUCAUAGACUUUACUUCAGCUUAAAGAAGUGUAAUGAUUGUAUAUUACUGUAUAAUUAUUGAUGGGGCAGAGGGGAAAUAGUUUUUACAUUACAGGCUUUUUUACCCCCAAUUUCCAUUAUCUUUCCCCAUUUAUAUGAUUCAUUAAAUGAUUUUAAUAUUUAGAUUAUUACUAAUACUAAUGGAAAAUAAAUUAACCUUGUCUUAUGUAAUGUGUGUGUAUAUAUAUAUAUGUAUGUUUGGCUAUUCUAACUCCCUGAAGUGUCUAUUGAAAGUGGUAUGUACAGUUCAUGAAAAAUAGGAUGGGACACAGAUUACAGUAUGAUGUUGGGUGCUAUCUGGUAUAGAGACAAUAUCAGGUCAUUAUGUUCUGUUAGAGAUAGUUUGACACUAGUGUUGUAUAGAGAAAAAUUAAGUUUAAAAAAAGUAAUAGAAAAUUAAAUUAAUCAUAUUUCAGAUUUAAUGAAGUGUUUAAAAUCCUGUAUUUUCCAGAGUCCAUUUUAAAUUCAAAACUUAUUGUAGUAAUAUAAUUUGUGAGUUACAUUUUUACUUUAUUUUCUAAAAUAAGAUAACAUUAAAUUUAAGUUGUCUAGUAUGUUGGAGCAGGAUUUCAAAAUUUAUAGAUCAUUUUUUACACUUUUGUAUGUAAUACAGUUUUAUGUGAUGAGAUGAUUGUUACACAUGCAUUUUGCUUUCCUAGUCAAGACAUUUGAGGACCAAAAUUAUAUUUUUGCCAAUUUUUAAGUGCUAUUGGUCUUCCAGACUUAAAAUGAUACUAUGAUGGGAAUAGCCAGAAAAAGCAUCAAUGAAGUACUGGGUUUCUACAUUGUAUAUGUUUACAUUGUAGACUACACAAUGUCUUCCUUUCUAUGAGCUCGAUUUGAUUUCGAGAAUAGUGUAACACAGUUGUCAUAUGCUAGUAGAUAACACCGUGUGAUCUGUUGUAGAAAAAUAUACUUCAUUAAUUAGAGUGACACUUUUGAAAAAUUGAAUAAACUUCAUUCAGAAAAGAGCA